UUUUUCUGACUGAAAGAGGAAGAACAUUUUCAGUUUCGAUAUUAAUCACAAGUUGUUUACCGAGCCAGUCAUACAGGAGGAAAAUAAGAACUACAAAUACGACCGUGUUUUGUUCUGUACCGAUGUGAGGAGCGGUGAGACAGGCACGCUUUUAUAAAGUUGGAUGAUCCGUACAGAAGAUGGAAAAGAAAACUGCUGACGUCGAAACAGUUUCAGGUGCAUCAGGAAUCCUCAGUGUUUCUCAGAGUUUUGGCAGUUUCGGCUGUGACUACAAGGGUAUAACCCCUGCACGAGAUGCCAAGUCCUGCAGUGUCGACAGACCUAGGUUCAGCAACCCUAAGAUUCCUGGUUUGCUGAGGAGAGUUUUCAAGGGGUCUGAUAGAAAGUCCAGACAUCAAGAGGUUGGUGAAUGGAGCCUGGAAGAGUGUCGACACUCCAUCAUGGAGCUGGCAAAGGAGCUUAACAGAGUCUUGAAGAACUCUGCCAUACCUGCCCCUGUGUCCAGUGAGGAUACGUGCAGCCUGGAAGAGUGUCGCUGCUUCAUCAUGAAAUGGGCUGAUGAGAUGGACAAGCUUGUCCAGACACCAAAGCAAAGCCAGAGUGCUGGGCAGGUUGAGAGAAGAAAAGGGGCAGAGCUGAAAAACAAAGAGGAUCUCCCAGGACCAGAGGGGGCGGGGCAGAACCAGGGGGAGGAGCUGAGUCAAGAGGAGGAGCAAAGACUGAAGGACGGUCAUGACAUCAUCAUGGAGUGGGCAAGGGAGCUGAAGACAGUGCAAGAGAACUCUGUCUCAGUGGGGGAGGCUGUAGAACAGGGUCUUGCAGAGCUGGUGAAGGAGUGGAAACGAGGCAAGCUGAGUAACAUCUUACCCAUCAUGGAGUUCAUCAUGUGGGCCCUGAUCAAGGAGGAGGCAGAUAAGGGAAUGCUGAAAUCUCAGAAUGUUGGUGCUGGGAGAUGCAUCCCUGAUUUAGUCUGGCAGUGGAUUCACAAUGCAUCAGUUGAUGUGACUCUGGACCCUGAUACAGCAUACCCGGGGCUCACCCUGUCUGCGGAGGGGAAACGAGUGAGAUUAGGAGGGUGGCAGGAUCUCGCUGACAAUCCAGAGAGAUUUGAUUGGUGGGACUGUGUGGUGGGCAGGGAGGGCUUCACCUCGGGGAGACACUACUGGCAGGUGCAGGUGGGGGGGAAUACAUGGUGGAGAUUAGGAGUCAGCAGAGAAUCGUCCGAGAGGAAGGGGAAGUUCAACACGACCCCCCAACAGGGUUACUGGACUGUGGAGAGAGAUGGAGAUAAUGAUGUGUUCACUGCUCUCACUGACCCCCAGACCCCCCUCCCCCAGAGCCUGAAACCCCAGAAGAUGGGGGUGUAUCUGGAUUAUGAGGAAGGGCAGCUCUCCUUUUACAAUGUGGAGACCAGAUCUCACAUCUACACUUUCACGGACAUGGAGUUCAAUCCCAAUGAGAAACUCUAUCCACUCUUCUAUACUGUGGACAGUAAUACAGACCUUGUGCUGGAGUCCCCUGACCCUGACCCUGUCAGCGCUGCAGAUUAAACACACAUUGCUGUCUGAACCAGGAAACUAUUCAAACAGCUCAGACAAUCUCCUCUUCACUUUCACUGACAAUCUCUCUGCACUCUUCUGGGCUGUUGAUAAGAAAUCAUCUCUCUUCCACCCUCUUACCCCGAGUCCCUCCUAUUUUAUUCUAUACUCCCCCUUUCUUACCCUCUCUUUCCUCUCCACCUCCAGAUCCCUCUCCUCUCUCUCCAUUGCCUCCUCUCCCUCUCUCUCCUCUCCUUCUCUCUCCCCUCUGAUGUUAUCCUUAUUUACUACUCUCCUUUCUCCCUCUCCCUCCCCUAUGGCUCUCCUCUCCACCCUGCCCUCUCUCCUUCAUCCUCUCUGCUCACACCACCCUGCCCACUCUACUCUUCCUCCCCUCCCCUGCCCUCUCUCCUUCACAUCAAGGCUGUGUGGUCCAGUGGUUAAAGAAAAGGGCUUGUAACCAGGAGGUCCCCGGUUCAAAUCCCACCUGAGCCACUGACUCAUUGUGUGACUUUGAGCAAGUCACUUGACCUCCUUGUGUUCCGUCUUUUGGCUGAGACGUAAUUGUAAGUGACUUUGCAGCUGAUGCAAAGUUCACACACCCUAGUCUCUGUAAGUCGCCUUGGAUAAAGGCGUCUGCUAAAUAAACAAAUAAUAAUAACAAUCUCUCCGUCUCGUCUCCUGCCUGCCCUUUCUACUCUCCCUCUCUCCUUCCUCUUAAUAGAGGAAUGCAUUAUUUUCCAUGUAAUGAUUAUGUACACUGAAGCUGAGAUGUUCCCUGAAUAUUAUUCAUUGCUAAACUUAGUUAACUGAUUUCUGCUAUUUUGAUAUGAAUCUUUUCUGUUUUUGUAGAGCAUCUAUUUUCUAUCUUUCUUGAUAAAAUGUAUAAAAGAUAUAACGGUGUUGUGUGAUUUACUGCUCAAUUGUUGAACUCGUAAAAAGGAACACAUUUGUGACAGCACAGUGCUAAUUAAAUUAGACCCAUGGUUCUCCCCAGGAAUUCUGUACAGCCGGGCGGCAGAACGUUAUAACCGGGAGCACUUUUAAUGGAAAAAUAAACUUGCCUUACCAUAAAUAUAUAAUACGGCAAAGAAUUUGAAUAA